UACGGUGGGAACUUGUCACUGAUGACUGCAUGUGGCCUAAUUAUGGGCUCCCUGUGUACCGCAAGAGCUGAAAGCCCUGGGCACCAAAUCUCUCGACCCAAGCUUCUCACGGUAAUAACAUCUUCGAACAACUUCAGAAUCGAAUGAGCAAAAAAAUAUGAGAGAACUAGCGAUAAUAUUAUUAUUUUUCAGUGCUAUAAGCCUAAACGCAUCUGUAAACGCCUUUGAAGUGUCAAAGACAGGAACAAAAGUUCGUUCUUGCACGCAAGUUGUAUUGAUAGGCGCAACUGGGGACCUCGCAAAGAAAUAUCUUUGGAAAGGCCUCUUUGAAUUGUACCGUAAGCAUACAAAGCUAGACGAAAUCGUUCAAGUCUACGGAGCUGCCAGGGAGGACCACAGCAAAGGUCAACAACUUCUUCAAGAGAUUUUACCAUCAAAAAUAGGUUGCCAUUCUUUGGAGCAAGCUGAUUUGGACUGUGAGAAGUGGAGGGGAGAAUUUCUUCAAAACACAAAAUAUCACAAGCUUAAGAAASAUGAAGAUUAUGUGACUUUCUGUAAGGGUCUUGAUUCCAAUGGAGCUGAGAGGUUGGGACGUAUAUUCUACCUCUCAGUGCCACCCUUUGCAUAUAGUUCCAUCUCAAGGAGCAUACAUAAACAUUGCAGACCAAAAUCAGCCAAUGGGAAGUCUUUCUUAAGAGUCGUCUUGGAAAAGCCUUUUGGAGCUGACUUWGAGUCGGCAGAAUCYCUGGCAAAGGARCUUGAGCAGUAUUUUGCUGAAGAGGAGAUUUACCGAGUUGACCAUUACUUAGGGAAAACUGGUGUCUCUCAGAUACUUAAUUUUAGAAUUCAACACCAAGAGAGUUAUAAAAGAUUAUGGAACAGGAACCAUAUUAAGAGCAUUGAACUUGGUUUGAAAGAAAAGGAUAAUUGCAAAGGUCGAACAGAGUUUUAUAAUCAAUAUGGUGUCAUCCGUGACGUCAUGCAGAAUCACAUGACUGAAUUAAUGGCCUUGGUUGCCAUGGAUAUUCCAGUUAGUAUGAACAAUAUGACUGAUAUACAUCGUAAUAAAUUGCAKUUCUUAAAUGAGAUUGAACCACUACAUAGAUAUGGUGCCAUUAUUGGACAAUAUAGCUCGUACAAGAAGCAUUCCAUGGAUGAGCAACAAGAYGCAAGUCYAGUUGACAUUACCACGCCAACUUUYGCGGCUGUAUUACUUCAUUCUAAGAAUUCAAAAUGGGAUAAAGUACCUUUUCUUAUGAUAUCUGGUAAACAACUGAGUGAAAGAUCUGCAUAUGUCAAAAUAACCUUCAAUAGCGAAUUCAACAUAAGCCCCAAAAAUCCCAAAACCAAUUGCCCACUCAAGCAACUAAUAUUUCACAUACAAGGUGGUGUGCUGAAGAAACCAGCUUUGAUUAUAUCAAAAAGUUUACCAAAAGUUUCCACAUUUUCCAAUUGGGUUCCCCUAGAGACUAAGCCUGAUUAUUUAUAUGGCUGUCCAGGGAAUUCAUAUGAUAUCUUYGAACCUCCUGUCUCGAAAGAUGCAUAUACAGUUUUAAUUGAUGCAGUUUAUCAAGGAAAAAAGGAACAGUUUAUUGGGACAAGUGACCUUUUGGCUUCAUGGAGAGUUUGGUCCCCAUUAGUUAACACUUUGAAAUCAGUAGCUCCUGUGUUAUAUUCAAGAGAAAAUUUAGAAAUGUUAGACUUUAAAAUUGCUGGAAGGAGGCUGGAUUUYAUUAAUGAGCUAACUUGCUCRUCUGAUGACAYAUGUCAAAAGGARCAAACAUUCAAUCGUUACUUGAGGACAAGCUUYAGGGGRAGUUCUUUGGUCACRGGAAGCAAGGCAAMUGUUGUMAAGAAUUURGCAAUGRAUAUGCUGCRUAARGCAUUAGAAACAGUAUCAUCMAGGGGGGUGUUCCAUAUGGCUUUAUCAGGGGGGUCAACUCCUCUUAACCUGUUUGAACAAUUAGCUUUCUUUACUGUUGACUUCCCUUGGCAUGCGACACACAUAUGGUUUGUYGACGAGCGCUGUUAUACUUUUAYYGAYAAACGAUCAAAUUAUAAUUUUAUUUAUAAACACUUGUUGAAGUAUAUACCAAUUUCAAGUAUCAAUGUUCAUGAAAUGCCAAUAGACAUGAAAAAUGGCCUAUGCUCYSCAUUGGACAGAGGUGCYGAACACUAUGAAGCUAAGCUUAAGUCAAUUAUUGGUAACACUUUGACACUAGACUAUGUUCUUCUUGGAGUCGGCACGGAUGGCCAUAUUGGUUCUCUUUUUCCCAACAGUAAUUUUCAAUCAAAAAACACCUUGGUAGUUAUUUCAGAAUCAAAGACCAUGAAUCCAAAAGGUCUGAGAAUGACUUURACYUUAGAAGUUUUAAACAAAGCAAGAGCAGUUGGAAUUUUGAUAUUAGGUGAAAAGAAAGCAGAGAUAGUUAGAGAAAUUGCUAUGUUGGAGGAUAAAACUGUUGACAAGCAGUUACCAGUAUCUGCUUUAAAACUGGAUAAAGGAGAAAUAGUUUGGUAUAUUGAUGAUAAAGCAUUAAAAAAUGUUUGAAAUAUGUUGUAAAUACAUGUAGAUUUGAAAUUAUUUUAUUCAGAUUUGCAUUUAUCAAACUUUUCGUUCUUAUGUGUAGAGUUUGGGUUACCUGUGUGCAAAUAUAAGAGUACAUUAUAUUCAUUCUUCUAGAAGUGUUGAAAAUCACGUAAAACGAGCGUUUAUGCUCAGAUUACUACACUUUUACAGUCAUUAAAUAUCUAAUGAGAGUUAUCUGAGAAUCGUUUGCAACUUUAA